GGUAGCCAUUUUUGAAACACAAACAAGUGAAGCGAGACUUCAUAUAAACACGCACCACCGAGUAAAUGAAUAAAUAAAUACAGCGCGCCGCAUGGUUAGUUAACGUUACAAAACAUUCAGGAUGAUAGUGUGACACGACUAAAAAGAGCUAUCCAAGAAAGAAGAUUCAGUGUAAAAGGACGACUGUUUUUUAUAGCUCGCUAACGCUAGCUGGUUCGUUAGCUAACUACCGUUAGCAGUAUUAAGGAGUUGGAGGGAAAUCUCCACAGAAGAGCACAGUUCAGCACAACAGAGUGGUUGGCCCCUGCUCAUCAGCGUUACCACUCUUUUGAUCUUUCAUUAAGCGGAUUAUAUUACUGUGACUCUUUUCAGUAUCAUUAGUAUUAUAGUAUUUUGGGGUUUUUUUUCUCCCCUAUAUUUUGGGCUGGUGGUUUUGGUGAUAAAUUCCUCCCCCCAGUCCGUCCAUUUCUAGCUCCCUGACUGAGGCAGCUCUACUUUUUUUGUCAGAGAACUAGCAGUGCCUAUAGGCUCCGCAGCUGCGCACCCUGGCCUGACCUGAGUCAGCCCAAUUCAACUCGGUCCUUUCCUCUGGACAAGACACUUUGUGCCCUGUGGACAAGGGAAUAUGACUGCUGAGACACUGAACUUUGGCCCAGAAUGGCUCCGUGCGCUGUCCAGUGGGGGGAGUGUUACGUCCCCGCCCCCUUCGCCCGCCAUGCCAAAGUAUAAGCUGGCCGAGUACCGUUACGGCCGGGAGGAGAUGUUAGCACUUUAUGUCAAGGACAACAAGGUUCCUGAAGACAUGCAGGACAAAGAGUUUGCUGCUAUUCUGAAGGAUGAACCUCUUCAACCACUGGCCUUGGUGCCUCUGACUGAGGAGGAGCAGAGGAACUUCUCCAUGUCGGUGAACAGCGUGGCCGUGCUGAGGCUGAUGGGAAAGGGGAGCGGAGCUGCACCAGCAGGUGUGGCCAGGGGGCGAGGGAGCACGCGAGGCAGCCGAGGCCGAGGGAGAGGUGAAAGUGGGUUUUACCAAAGAGGUCCUGAGGACGGCGAACUGGGGUUCGGUCGCAGCGCGAGGGAGAUGAACCGCAGCCAAAGCUGGGAUGACAGGGGCGAGCGGCGCUUCGAAAAACCCUUGCGGAGGGAUGGAGUUCGUGCCGGCUUUGAGGAAGCGAGUCCGGCUCCCAGGAAGGAUUACACGCGCUCUGACAGCGAGAACUGGCGCACACUGCGGGAGGAGCAAGAAGAUGAAGAGGGCGAGUGCGGGGGCAGCUGGAGGCAGGCUGGGGUCCGCAGAGAUGAUGGGGGUCCUCGCUCAGCAGGCUGGCGCGAGCACAGCGGCUCUGGAGACAGCCGGCGGAAGAAGUUUGACUUCGAUUUCCGGGAGCCUUUAGAAGGGGGGCGCCGGAGAUCUAGUGGUGACGGGCCAGACGAGGAGAGAGACGGGCUUCCUGAAUGGUGCACGGAUGAGGAGGAAGGAGAAAUGGGCACCUUUGAUUCCUCAGGGGCCUUCCUGCCAAUCAAGAGCCCUAAGGAGCCUAUCCCAGAGGAGCAGGACCUGGAAAAAGAGGAUGGUGGAGGAGAGAGUGAAAGAGAAAAAGAUGUGCAGAGGGAGCGGAAGGACAGCAGUGAAGAGACAACAGAAACGAAGAAGGCAGGUGCAGGGAAUGAGGAGGAGGGGCAGUCCAUGACUCCACCCACUUCCGCCUUCCAGCCUUCUGCAGACCCCGUGGAACCACAGACAGCCCACAACCCCCCCAGCUCAGCCAGCUUGAAACUGAACGAAGCGAGUGUGCCUGGUACCCAAGCUGCCCAGCUGAGUCCUAGUGCUGCCUCUGGCUCCUCCUCCUCUUCUGCUGCUACACACCUCCUGCCACUAGGGGGUGAUACUGAAGACGAGGAGGGCCUGAAGCACCUGCAGCAGGAAGCAGAGAAAAUGGUGGCAUCUUUGCAGGACAGCUCCCUGGAUGAGGAGAGCUUCACGCAGACCUUGCAGGACAGGGGCAACACUGCAGCCGCCCUGCCGCUAUCUCACGAGGCAGCCAUGAAAUGGUUCUACAAGGACCCACAGGCUGAGAUCCAGGGACCUUUCACCACACAGGAGAUGUCGGAGUGGUUUCAGGCAGGCUACUUCAGCAUGGGCCUGCUGGUGAAGCGCGGCUGCGACGAGGGCUUCCAGCUCCUCGGCGACGUCAUCAAGAUGUGGGGGCGCGUUCCUUUUGCCCCGGGGCCUUCCCCGCCCCCCCUGCUGGGCAACUUGGACCAGGAGCGGCUGAAGAAGCAGCAGGAGCUGGCGGCGGCAGCCCUGUACCAGCAGCUCCAGCAGCAGCAGCAGCAACAGCAGCAACAGCAACAGCACCAACAACAACAGCAGCAGCAGCAACAGCUCUUCCACCUCAUUAACAGGUGCAGUGAGCCGGCUGCGAUGCCUCUGGUCAGCAGGUCCAUGUCCAUGCCGGAGGCAGGAUCUCUGUGGGAAAUGCAUACCUCAGCUUCACAGCAGUCCGGCGGUGAAGCCAGUUUAUGGGACUUAACCAUGAAUUCAACUCAGGGUCCAACUCUCGACCAGCUGCAGAAGCUCCAGGAGCGACGCGAUGCAGAGCUCAGGGCAAAGCGGGAUGAGGAGGAACGGAAGCAUAGAGAGGAGAAGAAGAGGCGCGAGGAAGAGGAGAUGUUCCGGAGGAAGCAGCAGUGCCGUCAGCAGCAGGAGCUGAUCCUCAAACUGUUCCAGCAGACCCAGCAGCAGGGGGUCCCGGGGUGGGCUGGCUCGGGGGCUAUGGCGGCGGUCCUGUCCAAACAGCUGCAGCAGGAGGCCGAACGGCAGCUGCACAAGCAGCAGAGGGAGCGGCACGGGCCACUGUCAGUGGGUAGCUCCGGAGCGAUGGGGGGGCAGUGGGGUGACACUGCUGGGGGCCUGUGGACCGGGACGGGCCUGGAGGGCAAAUCAGGGGGCGGCAGCGGGAUUGGUCUCUGGGAAGAGGCCGUCAAAAAUCAGACAGGCCUGCGCAGCCUGGGCCUGAAGAACAGCCGCAGCAGCCCACCAAUCAGCGAGCCUUAUCUGAUGGCCCGGCGAAAGCGCACAGAGGAGGAAGAGAAGCUGCUGAAGCUGCUGCAGGGUAUGAAGCCGCAGGACGGCUUCACCACGUGGUGCGAACAGAUGCUGCACGCGCUCAGUGCCAGCACGAGCACCUCCUCCUCCCUCGACGUUGCCACCAUUGUGGCGUACCUGAAGGAGGUGGAGUCUCCGUAUGAAGUUCACGACUGCAUCCGCUCCUUCCUGGGAGACACCGUCGAAGCCAAAGAGUUCGCCAAACAGUUCCUGGAGCGCCGUGCCAAACAGAAAGCCAACCACCAGAGGCAGCAGCAGCAGCUUUCCAAGGAGUUGGCAGGACUGGCUAUGAACUUCCCGCUGCAGGACUCCAUGCGGGGUGUCAGCUCUAGCGCCCUGCAGUCCAUGUUCCAGUCAGCCCACGUGGGGAAGGGGGGGCUGUACGACAGCCAGGGAGCCAAGAUGAGGAAGAAACCGCCCAUGAUGUUGCAGUCGGACCCCAGCAUUUUAGGAUAUUCGUUCCAUGGCGGAGACCAUCUAAGUUUCAGCGAGAUGGAGCCAGUAGAAGAAUACUGACCCAGAGCAAUAUGUUCCCGAGGCCUUCAGUCAAGCACACUGGCCAGGCGUGUGCACAGCUAGGGCAGAGGGGACCAGCGGCCCUCUCCUGUUCCUGGACCAAGGCUGGCACUUAAUACAGUAAAGCACCUUAAAAUGACGCACUUUAUCCUGUGGAGAUUGAUUAUGGGACUCUGCGUGUGCAGGUCACCUGCCUGCAUGCGAGCGAGCGAGUGAGUGAGUGAGUGUGUGUGGUGUGUGUGUGUGCGUGUGUAUGUCGGUGUGUGUAUAUACUCACACUAUAUGAAUAUACACACAUGGGCACGCAGCAACUGGAAUGCAGACGAGUGACUCCAGUAGAGGCAUUUUCCUACUUGUCAGAAAGCAGAUUCUACACUGUUUUUAUUUUUGAUUUGUUUUUUUUUUUUUUUUAAGUUUCUAUCAAAGUUCAAGCUAUAAAAUGCUGAAUUUAAAAACUUGAAGAUUUGCACUUGUGUUAAAAAAAAAACAUCUGACUAAAUUUAUUAGAUGUAGAGAUGGAUAUUUUUGUUGUGUGUGCGCGCAUGUUUACGAGAGAGUGCGUUAACUUUACUUUUUCUUUCGUUUUUGCUCACCGAGAUCAUGUACAGUACAAGGCCAUUUUCAUUGUGUUCAGAUGAAAAUCUCUGAGUUCUUGAAGUGUAUGUAUGCGAUAGAUACUGGGUGGUGGGAGGAGGUGUAGUAGCUGAUGCACCGCCAGUUCCCGCAUUCACCUGUUCCUUGGUGCUGUAGUGCUGCUGUAUGCCAGUAGGUGGCAACUGUGCUCUCCCUUUAACUUUCCUGUGACUGCCACUCCAGGGUGUGCAAGUGUGUGUCCCCGUUUCCCUCAAAUCGUUGUGUAACAAAUUUUGUAUUGCUGUCGGUCUGUGCUUCAUGUUAAUUCAAAGAACCAUGCAAAAGUGAGUGUGAGUGUGUGAGAGUGUGGCCGUGCCUAAAAACGCAUGGUGGUUUGGUUUGCCGCCAGGCAGGACAGUGCUUUGGCAAGGUAUUGAAAGUAUUGGCCUGAGACGGGGUACUUUCAGGGCUGCUACCUUGUUUUUGUUUUCAUUUCAUGGCCUCUGAUAAAUGCAUAUGUUUUUGUGAUGCUGAAUGUAUUCCAAAAGAGACAAGAGUGUGGGGAGGCAAGAGGGGAGCAACAAGAUGCAGAAGCGAACUGUCCAGACCGCAGGCUGUAGGACGAGUCUCUGCGAUACCGGAACCCAUGGGCUGGGGGAGCGGGACCGCGAGCCCGGGCCACAGGGCCCCCCCCACCCCACCCACCCUCUUAGGGGAGUCCUACUUGUUUACACACAUCAGUUUCAGUUGGUGCAUUUUUGUUUCUUCUGAGACGUCGUGAAUUGGAGAUGAGACAGGCGGAGUUGGAUGUACAGACAAAACUCCACCCAGCGAUCAUGAGGAGAUCUGGCCCUCGUGUGGAACUUAAAGGAUCUGUUUCUCAUUAAGCUCAUAUGGAGAAUUUAGGGUGGGGUGGCCGUUCAUUGUGUCAUUUAUUUAUUUGCUGUUUUUUUUUUUUUUCUUUCUGUGGUUUGAGAAGUUGCUUAGUACAGGAGGGUUUGUCUCCCUAAAUGAGCAAAGGAACCUUUGGUACUUCACCCACAUUACUUUUUUUUCCCAUUUUUCUUUUUUGCUUUAUCUUUUUUUUUUCUUUUUUUUUUAAAUUUAACUUGUUACCCACCUUUUUUUAUUUGAAAGAAACUAAAGAACAUUAGAAGCAAGGAAGUUUUCUCCACCUCUGCCAGCUGACGGACAGCUGGGAGUAUGAAUGGCCGGUUCCUGAGCUUCGGAGCAGCUUUCUGCCUUUUUCAUAAUGAGUCUGCCCAGCUCAGAUAGAUGCCCCCGGUCAGACUGCCAGCUUCUCUGUGCCCUCGGCCAGCUUGCGGAAAGGGAAGAAAUCCUCUGAGGCUCAGUGCUGGGGGAUGGUACCCAGCAGCACCCCCCAAAGGACAGCGACCACACCUGACGCUGCUUACUUACAGACCAUAGCACACAUACGCUGAAUGUGGGCGGUUGAGGAGGGGGGGGGGGGGGCAUGUAAGGUAAAUGUGUUUUAUGGGGGCAGCAAAAGACUGGAACAGCCCCCACCCCGUCUGUCACAUCAUUUCAGACUAUCAGAACCUCAGCUUCCUCCUGAGAACCAGUGAACAGCAGGCUGCAGAAGACUGUCUGAAGUGAGGACCUUACUGGGACAUCAUGCCAGGUCUGCAGCAGUUCUGCCUUCUGGAGAGAGUGGUGCUUCUACCCAAAAAGGCGGCCUUGGAAUGGGGCUGAGACUAUGUAGAAAAGCUCAGGCAGAAUAUCCCUGGGGGGAGCACAUCAUGUCAAACCCUGCAGUCUGUUACCCCAGUUGUACUGGGGGGGGCAGGGCAGACUGACUGCGCCCCCUACCGUAGAGGACUCGCACAAUGCUCGGUCUCAAAACGAGACUCUGGUUCCUGGCACCAGCUUGUAUUUGUAAAUAAUGUAAUUUUUUUUGUUUAGUUGGAAGGGGAGGAGUGAUAGUGAUUUAAUUUGGUUGACUUGCCUUAACUGUAUAGAAACAGCCUUGGUCCUGAUUCUCACACACACGUGUAAAGGCUUGUUUCUGAAGUGAAACAUGGCAUGUUGCUCUGUCCCUUUUACAAAUGCAUCUGCAUACUGUGUUACACGCUGGCUUACGCAGUGCCGAUGCAGGUCCAUUCAGGAAGGGCCGUCUAAUUCUGUAAACUCCUAUGUGGGCUCUCGCUUUUCAAAAGGCAGUUGUGUGGCUGUGCUACCCACCAACCCCUGGGCGGUCCGGUCCCGACUGGGUUUGAGCUCACUGAGAUCUUGGGGGGGGUGAUGGCCACGUCGGGCUCGGCCUUCAUACUGAUGGCGUUGCGGGGAGCUCAAACAGGAGGGUGUGUGUGAGAGCGUCUUCUCCAUAGGAUGGGGAGCCCCAAGUCUUUUAGCAGAAGCCUCAGGCGCUGCCCACUUCCAUUUGCAUCCCUUCAGUGUUUGGUAUAGAAAAACUGUCUUCUGUAUCGGGGAAGUACAUCAUCUCUGUCUGUCUUCAUUUGAAUGUGAAUAAUUUCCUUUCUGUUUAGCAUUUGUUCCUGUGGAUACUUGUUUAUUUUAAGCAUUUGUUUUUUUUUUUUUUUUUUUUUUUUAUAAAGUUGCGGGGGUUUUAGUGAUGGUUGGGCAGCAGUGUGUUGGGGGGGGAGGGGUGUGGGGAUCUGUUAGCAUUCUGGAUUCUUUCAGGGUUGUGUAUUGCUUCCUUGCUUGUUUAAAGAUGCCCACUCUGCCCUCGGCACUGUUUUCUGUGUGUGUUUUUUUUUCUUUCUUGCCAUGUCAGAAAAAAAUUGUCUCGUUCCUUCUGAGCUUCUGCUGCGACCAUUUUAAGGUCUGAACAAUUCCAUUUCAAUUCCGUCGGAAUUAUCGUGAGACUGGACUCUUCCUACAAUUGCAGUUUGCUGUGGUGCUGAAAUGGUGUUAUUGUGGAAUUGGAGUGGAAUUGUGUGGUUCUGAGGUGCCUUGUGGCAAAAGACGUGAAUUUUACAGAAAGAAAAUUCAGAAUACAUUCUGAUAUUAACACCCGCCCCCCCAAAAAAAAUCUGUCUGCUCAUCUCCAUUGACUUAUAAACCCUAUGAGGGUUUUAAAGAUGGAACACAAAUAACACGGAAAACAAAAUGAACAACCUACAGUUAAAUAGUUUGAGAACAAAAAUGUAAAACAAUAAAAUGAUUUAAGCAUAAA